AUGGGAAAAAAGGCCGCCUCGUAUGUCUCAAUUCGGCCGUCUCCGAGUAUCUCAUUGCCUAGCAUUAAGAAUUCGUUUGGGCACCCCAAUCAUGCCAUUUUGACCGAAAUCGAGUCUGAUCUGGUACUCUCGCCCGAAGUUCUCGUCGCAUCGAAGCAGCCUCUAACAUUACCUGGCGGUGAAGAAGGCGCUGGCAGCAGCGAGGAAGUUUUAAGCAGCAAGCAGCAAAAGGCAUAUGAAGAGCUAAAGAUCUCAAUCGUACUGUGUGGAGAGUAUCUUUCGAACAUUUCCUUUGCAAAGUCUAAGUGUAUGAACCAAAACUCCGCACUUGAAGAAGGAAUUAGAAGCUCCCUUCAAUCUUCACUGGACACCAAUAUGCUAACCUCCAUCUCUAGCAAGAGGAAGAAAGACAUAAUUUUGACCGGCAAAUAUGGACCUAAAGCUCCUCCUCUCGCAAAUGUAUCCAAAUCCUGCACCGAAUUCGCGCUUGCCGCAAGGGAAAAGAAUGAUCCAAAGAUCAACAUACAUCGGAAAUCGGCCAAAACUCAACAAAAAGCCAGCUCUGCAUAA